UCAGCCUUAUUUAUACAAGAAGGACACCUGGCUCUUGCUUCAUGCAUGGUCACAACUGUCUGUGACCCGGCUGCAGGAGGACAGACCCUCCAUUCUGCCAAACCCCACCAACCUGAAUGGCAAAAUCCAGACCCUUCUAGUCCUCUGGACCAAAGAGAAGGGGGCGGAUCUGCCUGACCCUGCAGGGCCCUUUGCUGGUCCUCCCAGCCACCGGGAAGUACUCCGGGGACUGACAGAGCCAGCGUGUUCUAGGGCACCUCAGGCGGGGACCGCAGGAGCCUGUGAAGCUGAGAAUGUCGGAACCCCCUCGGACCACCUUUGGAGGCAGGAGAGCCGUCCCCCCCAACAACUCCAAUGCGGCAGAGAAUGACCCCCCCACAGUGGAGCUGCAGGGCCUGGUGCCCCGGGGCGUCAACCUGCAAGACUACCUUAAUGUCACAGGGGUUCACCUGUUCAAAGAGAGAUUGGACUCCAACAAAGUGGAUCACCACACUGACAAGUAUGAGAGCAACCAGCUAAUUGUACGUAGAGGACAGUCUUUCUACAUCCAGAUUGACUUCAAUCGUCCAUACGACCCCCGACGAGAUCUCUUCAGGGUGGAAUAUGUCAUCGGUCGCUAUCCUCAGGAAAAUAAGGGAACCUACAUCCCAGUUCCUAUCGUGUCUGAGCUGCAAAGUGGCAAGUGGGGAGCCAAGAUUAUCAUGAGAGGGGACAGGUUUGUCCGGCUGUCCAUCCAGUCUUCUCCCGAGUGCAUUGUGGGGAAAUUCCGCAUGUACGUCGCGGUCUGGACCCCCUAUGGAAUACUCCGCACCCGCCGAAACCCGGAAACGGACACGUACAUCCUCUUCAAUCCUUGGUGUGAAGAGGAUGCUGUGUACCUGGACGAUGAUAAAGAAAAGGAAGAGUACGUCCUCAAUGACGUCGGGGUUAUUUUCUACGGAGACUCCAAUAACAUCAGGAGUAGAAGCUGGAGCUAUGGUCAGUUUGAGGAUGGCAUCCUGGACGCCUGCCUGUACAUGAUGGAUAGAGCACAAAUGGACCUUUCAGGAAGAGGGAAUCCCAUCAAAGUCAGCCGUGUUGGCUCUGCAAUGGUUAAUUCUAAAGACGAUAACGGUGUCCUUGUUGGAUCCUGGGACAAUAUCUAUGCCUAUGGUGUCCCCCCGUCAGCCUGGACUGGAAGCAUUGACAUUCUGUUGGAAUACAAGAGUUCUCAGAAUCCAGUCCGGUAUGGUCAGUGCUGGGUUUUUGCUGGUGUUUUUAACACAUUUCUGCGAUGCCUUGGGAUACCGGCAAGAGUUGUUACCAAUUAUUUCUCAGCCCAUGAUAAUGAUGCCAAUCUGCAAAUGGACAUCUUCCUGGAAGAAGAUGGGAACGUGAACUCCAGAAUGACCAAGGAUUCAGUGUGGAACUACCACUGCUGGAAUGAAGCCUGGAUGACGAGGCCUGAUCUUCCGGUCGGAUUUGGAGGUUGGCAAGCCGUGGACAGCACCCCCCAGGAAAACAGUGACGGGAUGUAUCGGUGUGGCCCGGCCUCUGUUCAAGCCAUCAAGCAUGGCCAUGUUUGCUUCCAGUUUGAUGCACCCUUUGUUUUUGCAGAGGUCAACAGUGAUCUUGUUUACAUUACAGCUAAGAAAGAUGGCACUCAGGUAGUGGAAGCUGUUGAUACCACCCAUGUUGGGAAAUUAAUUGUGACCAAAGAAGUUGGAGGAGAUGGCAUGAAGGAUAUUACUGAUACCUAUAAAUUUCAAGAAGGUCAGAAAGAAGAGAGGUUGGCCCUGGAAACUGCCCUGAUGUACGGAGUUAAAAAGCCCCUUAACACAGAUGGUGUCGCCAAAUCGAGGUCUGACGUGGACAUGGACUUUGUGGUGGAAAAGGCCGUGCUGGGGACAGACUUCACGCUCACCAUCACCUUCCAGAAUAACAGCCCCAAUUCUUACACCGUCUCAGCCUAUCUCACGGGCAGCAUCACCUUCUACACUGGCGUCUCCAAGGAGGAAUUCAAGAAUGAGACAUUCGAUGUGACGCUGGAGCCUUUGUCCUUGAAGAAAAAGGAGGUGCUGGUCAGAGCCGGUGAGUACCUGGGCCACCUGCUGGAACAAGCGUCCCUGCACUUCUUCGUCACAGCUCGUGUCAAUGAUACCGGGGAUAUUCUGGCCAAGCAGAAGUCCACUGUGCUGAUAGUCCCCAAGGUCAUCAUCAAGGUCCGUGGCACUAAGAUGGUUGGUUCUGACAUGGUUGUGACAGUUGAGUUCACCAAUCCUUUGAAGGAAACUCUGCAAAAUGUUUGGAUACGCCUGGAUGGUCCUGGAGUGAUAAAGCCAAUGAGGAAGAUGUUCCGUGAAAUCCAGCCCAACUCCACUGUGCAGUGGGAGGAAGUGUGUCGGCCGUGGGUGUCCGGCCGUCGGAAGCUGAUGGCCAGCAUGACCAGUGACUCCCUGAGACAUGUGUACGGCGAGCUGGAUUUGCAGAUUCAAAGACCACCUUCGUAAAUGCACAGGAGGCUGAGAUAGACCUGGCACUUAGCCUCUUGUAGUCUUGGCUAAGGAAAUUCUAAUGCAAAAAUAGUCAGCUCUUGCUUUACCUUACGUGUGAAAACCCAGACAGGACAGGAUAGGGCCCCAGAGUAGGGAUGCCAUGAAUUUCAAAGACACACUUUUCCAAACCCAGGCUAUUCAGUGUGGAAGUUAGAUUUUAAUCGCUCUACCUUCCAAAGGAUUCUGAGGAUUAGCUUUAAUUAAGCUCUAAUUAAGCUCUCAUAGCUCAUAUGAGUAAAAGUCAUCAUUUAUCAUUGCAAGUGGCUGCAGCUUCAAAUAUCAGAGGACUUUCUUGAGCAAGGGGAUUUGCUUAAUACCUAGCCUCAUGUAAAACAAGACUUCUGGUCCCCCAUUCAGACUUUUGGGGUAACAUACUCCCCAAAAGGGAGGGAAGCACAUGAUUUUGGCCCUAGAAUUCCACUCCUCUCUCUUACAAGCAGGAUCUGCCCACUGUGUCAGAAUAUUUUUCCCAGGAAUCAAGUACAGCAUCAUUUGUCUUCUUGGCAAAGCCAGGGGAAGGUCUUUCAUCUUGCACCUGCAGCAAAACAACCGCCUGCCAAAUUUCACAGAUUUACCUUGUGAGAAGAUGUGGCCCCAUAUUAACAAAUUGCAUUUGUGAGAAACUUAAUCACCUAAGAAGAGAUAAGGAAGCAGGUGUAAUACUCAGAUCUAUUAAAUAAUGUAGUUUUAUGGCUCAUUUUAUAGGAGGUGUCCCACCAUGGCCUGAUCAGCAGGAACCAAUAGCCCUUACUUUAACCCUUUCUGGGCUGCAGUGCCGGCAUACCUCAAAGAUAUUGCAGGUUCAGUUCCAAACCACCACAAUAAAAUGAAUAUCGCAAUAAAGCAAAUCGUAAUCUUUCUGCUGAUGAAGGCUCUUGCCUUCAAUUUGUGAAAAAAAGAAAAAAAGAAAA